AUGCCCGGUAUCAACGAACAACCACCAUUCAAAGUCCUGAUCGUUGGAGGAUCAUAUGCGGGAUUGGCCGCGACGUUGAACUUGGUGGACCUGUGUCAGGGCCGAAAGUGCCGCUUCAAUGUCGAUGAAGCUGACAAGGCCCCCGAGCACAAAGUUCCUGUCCAGGUUACGAUCGUGGACGAGCGCGAUGGUUACUGUAUGCUAUACCUCAAAGCUUUCGAAAAAAACCAUCGAGCUAACCCAAGCUGCUUAGUUCAUAUCAUCGGUCAACCUCUCGCCGUAGGAUCGAAAUCUGAUGCCAGCACCUUUUGGCAGAAGUUCGAAGAUAUUCCCGCCCUUCAGUCCCCGGACAUCAACCACAUUCAAGGACAAGUGGAGUCAGUUGACUGCAAGUCGCGCACCGCGCGCAUCGUCCAGAGCGCGGGUGAUGAGGGUCAUAGAAUUGUCGAACAAAAGUACGACUACAUGGUUGCAUGCUCCGGUUUGCGGAGAGAGUGGCCCAGCGCACCCAAAUCGCUUACCCGGGAAGCAUACCUCGCGGAAACAGCAGAGUCUGUACAAACCAUCGAAAAUGCUGCAGCGGGUGUUGUGGUAGUCGGAGGUGGCGCCGUGGGUAUCGAGAUUGCCGCGGAAAUCAAAAUGCUUCAACCCCAACUCAAGGUCACCCUUGUCCAUUCUCGACAGCAACUACUCUCUUCCGAGGAUCUUCCGGUCGAGUUCAAGGACAAGACCCUUGAAAUGCUCAAGGAAUCCAAUGUGGAGGUUGUGAUGGGCGCACGUCUUCAAGAAACAGUACCCGCAGAUGACUCCACAUCAGCGAAGUUGAUAUUGAAGCUCUCCGAUGGCCGAGAGCUCUUCGCCGAUCAUGUCAUCAAUGCUGUGUCUCGAUUCACUCCCACUUCCUCGUAUCUGCCCAAAGAUGCCUGUGACCCCGAGGGUUACGUUCGCAUUACACCUGGUCUCCAGUUCUCUGGUGAUGUUCCCAACAAGGAAUUCCACUAUGCGGCGGGUGAUCUUGCCUGCUGGUCAGGCAUCAAGCGUGGUGGAGCAGCGAUGCACCAAGCGCACUUUGCCGCAGUGAACAUUCAUCAGCGAAUGCUAGCCCAUUUGUACAAGACUAAGCCCAAAUUCAAUGAGCUGGUUGAAGUGGCCCCUAUGAUGGCCCUAGCUCUUGGAAAGACUGCCGUUGGGUACUUCCCUACCAUGGGACUGACAGUGGGCGACACCAUUCGGAACAUGUUCUUCAACGAAGAUCUGGGCUAUGGAAGUAAGUCAACCAGGUCUCUUUUUCUCUUAUUUAUGAAGUUCCUACUGACAGAAACAGUUUGUUGGAGAUGGAUGCGCCUUGGAGAACCAACAGCAUAUAAAUUGUAG